AAAAACUCAACAAUUCAUUAUCUCCAUUUUUUUUUCAACCACAAAAAAAAUAAAAAAUGAGAACACCAUCAUCAUCGUCAUCAUCAUCAUUAUCAUCGAGAACUAAAAUUGUAACACCAUGUUGUACAAAAAUAGGGUUAAAAAGGGGUCCAUGGACACCAGAAGAAGACGAAUUACUGAUGAAUUACGUCAGUAAAGAAGGGGAAGGGCGGUGGCGUACACUCCCAAAGAAGGCGGGACUCUUCCGUUGUGGGAAGAGUUGUCGCCUUCGUUGGAUGAACUACCUCCGCCCUUCCGUUAAACGCGGACAUAUUUUGCCGGAGGAGGAAGAUCUCAUCCUCCGGCUCCAUCGCCUCCUCGGGAACAGGUGGUCAUUGAUAGCAGGGAGAAUUCCCGGAAGAACAGAUAACGAGAUAAAGAAUUAUUGGAAUACCCACCUUAGCAAGAAAUUAAUCAACCAAGGAAUAGAUCCAAGAACACACAAACCAUUAAUAUUAAACAACCCUAAUUCCUCUAAUAGUGAUGAUAAUCACAUUAUUACAAACAAAGCUAAUUCUUCUUCUCCUUCUUCAUCCUCAAAACUAGCAAAUAAUUAUAAUCUCAACACAAUUAAUAUUCCAAACCCCAUUUACACUCCUAAUUUCCAAAUGAAAGAACCCUUAAGAAGUAGCAUCAACAAUAAUAACUGUCCUGGAGAAACUACGAGUCCUGAUGAUGAUUAUCAGUAUCAGAGCAGUAAUGUGAUGCUUGCCAAUUAUCGCGAUGAUGAUAUGAAUAUUGUGGUUCAUGAUGAGGGAGAUGAUGAAAUGAAUUGUUGCGCGGACGAUGUCUUCUCCUCCUUCUUGAAUUCUUUGAUCAAUGAAGACAUGUUCAUGAAUUGCCAAAAUCAACAAAUCAAUGGUACAUUGCAAGAUUUUGAUCAUUUUAUGGCUUCAUCUUCACCUUCAUAUGAUCAAAAUAAUCUCAAGACAAUGGAUGAAUAA